ACUUGAAAUGUCUGGAGCGGAGCUGGGAUUCUUUGCUGAUAGCGAGAGUGUUCAAUGGUAUCGCGGAAUGUCUCUAGUUCAGACCGGAGCCUGCGACCGGCUCCUCCACGCUCUGCGGGACGACAUGGAGCAGGAGUCCACAUACCGUGUACGUCGCUGCAUCAGCCAGUUGGGACUUCAUCCUAUGGUCAAGUCCUGCCAUAUUAGGGACAUAAUGACGAUCAGCCAAGGCAACGACCUGGCCUUCCUAUGGUUUCUAUGGGAGUCGGCUUACAAGAAGCCACGCACGGAACAUGACCCCGAACCGACGCCCUACUCGGUCAACGAGCAGCUGCUUCUAUCAGGGAUUGCCUACCUAGACAUGCCGGCCACACUGCUGGCCCUGGACUCCCUACUUCCACCGCCUUCCCAAUCGACGAAAUUUCAUCAGAAAAUUGAGCCGCAGAAGAGCUCGGUCAGGCUCCACCGUCCGAAGAAGAAAGAGUACGCCUCGCCCUACUUUGCCCCGCAGGUGCAGCCCCGUCUGUAUAAGCCGAAGGGAAAGAGUCGACCCUACAUGGACAAGUUACAGUUUCCGGAGUACGAAAAGUAUUUGAACGGGACGGAGAAAAUCCCCAAUGAGGACUCACGCUGGUUCUCCCAGUAUAAGUUGUGCCCCGCGAAAAGGAUUAUCAAAAAGCUGCUCGAAGAUGAGCUCAAUAGGCUGACCCUCGAUCCCGCCUUAAUCCGCAAGACCGCACAGAAGCACAGCCCUCUGUGCGAGACCCAUCAGUUCAUUGAGGAUGUCGCCACUGCGGAGCGUCAGAAGAAUGUCCACAAGGUUCUGCAGCGGUGUCUCUCCAAGCUGGAUAUUCCCGGGGCGGAGCUGAAGGCCCGUCGGAAGCGAAUUGUCAAGCAGAUAGAGAAGGAUAUAGAUUAUGCAGCUGAUCGGAUCCGUGGGGACUCUAUGAGAUUACGUACCCAGGCGAAGACUCUUAGCGAAUUCAACGGGGAGUGUCUUCUAUGCAAUCACGACGUCAGAGUCCCCACAGCAAAGAUCAACAAAAAGGCCAAUCUUUCCAUGCUAUUGGGUCUCGGAGACGAAGCUGCUCCGAAAUUCAAAGUAAUGCUCAUCAACAAUGAUAAGAACCUGGCCAAAACUGGGGACUGUCAAUUCAUUCCUGCAGAUUCUUUGGGUGAGACUCCCAAAAAGGUUAAUGUCAUCGAGAAAGACGUGAACAAGAAUGUGAAAUCAUCCCGUAGCACUUUAAGGUCUAGCAGAAGGUCAAGGUCAAGGUCAAGCUCGAGGUCUAGGUCCAAAAAGAAUUCUAACAAAAAAAAGCCCAAGAGAAAGAAAUCAAAAGGUCGCCCCAAGAACAAACCCCAAGAUACUGGCAAAGGUGAAAUUCAAAAGGCAACCAUUACUCUCCCAGAAGAGGCAGUGCCCAAGAAAGAUCACUUUCCAAAACUAGCCGACCUCAUUCCCCAUUGUUCUAAGACAUUGCCCUGGCCCAAAAGGAAGAAAGUAGAGAAACCGGAUGAUGAGGACGUGUUCGUCACCCAGAACAUGGGAGAGCUUGCUUUUGAUUACGAAAAAAUAUUCAAAGUGCCGGGUAUUCCGGUGCAGCAUCUCCCUUGGGAGGACGAGCUGCCCGAUCUAGAGGAUAAGCAACCAUUGAUUGAGGACUGUUGUAUUUCCGCCUUGAAUGAGGGCAAUACCAAGGUGGGGAAGGAGUGUUCCCGGGAUAGCACCCUUCCGCCGGUUUUGAGGGCAGCCGCCAAUUGUGCCGUGGACACGUUCCGCGCCUACAUCGACGAGGUGGCCCGAGGAACGCGAAAGGCCUUGUCAAUAGAGGACGCCGCUGUGGAGCUAAUCGAUCCGAACAACAAGCAGCAAAUCGAGAAGCUAUUGAAGGUCGCCCUGGAGGUCCUGUCCCACAAUCCGCACUACGUCCUGGCCACAUUCCCCAAUGCCCACAAGCUGCCAGUGCUAAUCGAUUGGGUGGCGGAUCGAUAUGGCAAGACCUUCUCGCGGGAGGAGAUGCAUGCGGUGGUGAAGGGGGCGUUCCGCAUCUACGAGAGCAUCUACCAGGGCGACGGGCGAAACCAAACGAAUGAUCUGAACCUGAAGAAGGAAAUGAUGGUUAUGGGCAGCGGGGGCUAUGUCAGCUAUCACCGUGUCCAGGAAUUUAUGUGCCAGGCCAAGCGUAUGAAGGCCGACUACCACGAAAAUCUUAACCAGUUGGCAUUGGAGCAGUCUCGCCUCACCUGGCUGGCCCUGCGCGGCUACUCCCACCUGGGCGGACACAUCAAGGACACCUUCUUCGCCUACAUGCCCGCCAGGAUGCAGGAUCUGAAACGCCAGCACGUUUGGAGGUCAACGGAUUUCCGCAACAUGGUCAAAUUCAGGAUAAGAGAAAGGAGGUGACCCGCUUAAGAUGGAGACUUUGAAUCCCAGGAUUGGAGAUCAGGACACAGCAUUGUGAUCUGUCUUUAAUCCUGCCAUUCAGGUACUCCAUUAUCUUGUGUGUCACUGAAAGGUAUUCGAUCCGAUCUGCUUUGCGGUUGUGGCGAGGGAGGUCCUUUUCGAAAAACAUUCAAUCGAAUGCAGGGAAACAUUUGCCAUUCGAGGGCAACUACUUAUGUAAACCAAACAAUGUAUAAUCCCAAUUAAAAAUGCUGAUGCCCAACUAAAA